AUGAAUGCCAAGUACAACAAGCCCUUGUGGAGGUGCUUAUUCGAAUCCCUUCCGGGGAAACAAGUGGACAUCAACAAGCUGGUGAAGCCCACGUCCAUUUGGCUGGAUAUGCGUCAGGACCGAAGGGACAUCGAUGCCAUUGACCCUGAAAUGGCAAGGUUAUGUGUCAAAGCUUUUGACUUCAAGACUAUGAUUUGCAAGAAAGAUCUUGCCGUCAAGGAAACCGAAAGGGAACACCAAGUUGCUAUGGUCAAAAUCAAUGCUGCUUCUGAUGCCAUGAUUCAGAUGCAAAGAAAGAAAGUUGAAGAGAUGGGGAGCACUGAUGUUGAAAAUUCGCCCCUCUUUCAGGUGAACAAGAACAAUAUCAUAGUCUGGAAGGGCAACAAAACUCAGGUGUUGGAAAAGGCAUUCCAAUGUGCCCUGGAUGAGCUUUGUAUGGCCGAGAAUGAUCUUGAGAAACACAUCGAGCACAUGAUCGAAUCUGCCUAUGCAAUCUGGGCGAAGCACAUGAACAUGGAACCAGAUGUUGGCAUCGACCCGGACUUGUUUGGGGAGCUGGAAGCCAUUAUGCAGACGGAGUCCACGCCCAAAGCUCUUGCUGCUCUGGCAAAUGCGGACCUUGGGCGCAAUGAGCGCUUGGAUGAUCAUUCGCAAGUCUGUGAUGGGAUGCAGGAUGUGAAUUUGAAUGUGGGUUCUGCUCCACAUAUGGUUGCCAAGACCAUGCUGCUUCAGCGAAAGGCAACCACUACUGGGGUGAGCGAGGAAGUGACCGUUGAUGUGACUAGUGAUCAAACGGAGUCCCAAACUGACUAUGACAAACGCAUGGCCAUCAAUGCAAAGAUGCGAUUUUAUCGCAGCCUGAACAAUCGUCAGCUCAUUGGGGAGCUCUUUGAAUCUUGGCUCACCUCUGGAGAAGACUGGAUGCAGAGCUCGAUUGUGGUCAAUUCUACUCGGUCACUGAACCACCGCAGGCGGGGGCGCUACAUCAUGAUGGAGUAUCGCAACCUCAAGACCCGCUUUGGGAACGGCGUGGCCAAACAGAUGCUGAAUGAGAAGAAACAGAUGGAGGAGACAAAGGAUCCCAACGACCCUCUUACCUACUGGAUGAAGCAUCCGGAUGUGGCAAGUGAGGACUUUGAGAUGGUGCGAGUCUUCGACUCCAUGGUUUUCGAGGAUGAGGUGACUGAAGCUUUGAACAUGGGCAUUUCAGCGACUGGUGACCUGGACAAGUCCCAAACCCGUCAAGUGAUGCAAGUUGCAGCUGGUGGUGAAAUCGGGAAGUUCCAGGCCUCGGGUUUGGGCGUACAGCCUGGAGUGACUUCUUCGACGCCACCACCCAAGGUUGAGAAGCAGAAGAAGGCGGUGCCGCUUUCAAAGCAAGUCACCAAUAAAAUCAGCUCCAGCUCAGCAAAGCUGACUGAGCUGAUGGCUUGGGAGGCAAAGGUCCAAGACAAUAAGGUUUUGUCUGAGACCCUGCUAAAUGGAUUCAAGAAUGAGCUGAAUGCCCGGAAGACUGCGAUUGCUACUGCCAAAACGGGGUUGGAGGGUGUCUAUGCCCAGAUCCUGGGGAAGAGUGACCCGGAGAUUCAGGGGGAUUCAAAGCUUGCAGAGCUUAUCCAGUCCAACCUUGCCAAUGUUGAGUCGGCCUUUACCUCGUUCAAUGGAACCAUCAAAAGCAUCAAACUGGCUAUUGACCCACCGACGAAGAAGGAACUGAAGGCCAAGGCCAAGGCGAAGUCUGUGGCUGCUCCCGAGGCAGCUGCAGCUGAGUGA